UAUUAUUCUGCUUUUCCAACUUUUACUACACAAAAAUAACAAAAAAACCUUAUCUGUUUUUUUUGUUAUAUUCAAUCACACUUAACUCGUUUUAAUUCUCUUGCUCAAUUUGAUUUGUUGUUGUUCACAAUUGUUGUUGUUGUAUGCUGCCGCCGUCGUUGUACUUCUUAACUUUUAAUUUACUGCCCCCUUUUUUGGUUGCUGCUUUUUUUGUAUCAAUCUGUCAAAGGUAUGAGAAGAAAAAAAAACAACAACAGACACACUCUGCCAGUCAUUGAAACUCACAAAACCUCAUCAUACUCUCCGAUUUGCUCUCCCUCUCAGACUCUUGUGUUGGGGGAGAGAAAAAAAUUAUUGUAGUAGUAUUUUUUUUCUGUUGGGGUGUUCUCCUCAUUCUCCCCCUUCACUUCUUUUUCUUUCUUUUCACCUAGUGUGUGACCAGUUGAUGUUGCUGCUUCUGCUGUAAUUUUGUGUUAUUUUGCUCAUUUUAUAUCUACCCAUUUGUUUUUGUUUUAUUUGUUUUUUUUUUGCAUUACAUUGGCCGUCUAUGAUUACACGAAUACCACCGGCCUCUUCUAAUAGUAAAACUCACAACUUGUAACAGGCAGUUACUGAGUACCUAGGUGGAGAAGAUCAAAGUGUUUCUUAAUUUUCUCCUUUUUUUGUUAGGCCAACCUGCAAACAAACAAAACCCUAAAUAUAUGUGUAUCACCUACAACAACAACAGCUGCAACAAGAACAAUAAAAAAUCCACUCCCAUUUAUCCCACCAUAGCAUUUUAUAUGACACCCAAAUGACUACCCCUCAUCAUUUCAUCCUCUCUCACACACUGGGUCUCUCUGCACUCAUUUCAUCUUCUCAGCAGCAGCAGCAGCGGCAGCAACAAUAAUAGUCAUUGCAAGAGCAAUGACAACAAUAAUCAAACACUCUAAGACGUACAACAAUAACACAACGCCUUCGUCGUCGUCAUCAUCGUCUUUAUCAUUCGUGUAUAUGAGGCAAAAUUAAACAGACGUCGUUGUCGCAGCCGUGAUACUCAUUGCCGUCGCCGUUAACGUCGGUGCUUUGAUGUGUUGUCGUGGAUGAAAAGCAACGAAGAAAAAAAAACAACACAUUUGAUUUGUUAUAUUCCUUCCAUUGUCGUAGUCAUUAACCAUGGCCGUCGCGUCCGUCGACGUCAUCAGUGCUGCCGUCUUAUUGUCGCUUUGUGUUUCUGUCUGUUAGGCAGAUAACAACAACAACACCAACGACCACAACGGUGCUGUGUGUUUCUAAUAAAAAUGGAAAUCCCAUAAAAUAAAGCAAAAGUAGACAAAUAAAUAAAAAAAAUAAUAAAAUAAAAACAACAAAUAGCCACACAUACCAGCAAACACACGAAAGCGCUUCUGCGCCAGUUGCUAUAUAACCUAGCCAAGCAAAAGUAUUUGGCGCUCAGCAACAAUUCCCACAUGAAAAAAAAAAUCAAUUAUAGAAUUGCCCACAAAUACAAAAACAAUAACAUCGCCGCUGAAAUUAAGUCAACAGGCCAGACGGCAGAGUAGCCAGCUAAUUUGGAAUAUCAUGCUUCUUUUUUUAAACUAAAUAAGGGCGACGAGAAAAUUUAAUUAAAACAAAAUUACCAUAAAACUGUUGAGCACAGCAGCAAGCAACAAAAACAAGAACAGAAAAAAAAAAACAACAAAAUUAUAGAACUUUUGUUUCCUUUUUUUGGUAACACAAAACAAACUUCUUGUACAUAUUGCAGAUCAAGAGGAGGAGGAAGAGAUAAACACAGCAGCAUACAAUCAGCCAACAACAUACUAAAACAAAAACAAAACGACAACAACAAAAACAGUAAAUAGUUGCCUAACAAAACAAAAGCAAUAACAAAUAACAACAACAACAUAACUUAUUAUAACAACAGAAUAGUAAAAUAAAUCCUACCCACAAAAAAAUCCCAAUUCUACGAGAAAUCCCCUAAAAAAAUUAAAGUUAACUUCAUAAUAUAUAUAAAAAAAUUGUAAAAAAUAUAUUUUACUAAAUCAUCCGCCAGACGAAGGCGUUCAAAAUUUUUUGCAAAUAAAUGUCACAAAAGUAGCUAAAAAAGUAGAAAUAUUUUUUAAAAAAAAUAAUAUAUUAUAAAUAUAUGUAAAAAAAUAUUAUAUUAACCAAGUGCUUACUUAAAAUACAAAAAAAAAAAAUAUUAAUUAAAAUAAUAAGUUUAUAUACAAAUACAACGCCUCUUCUCCUUGGCAUUUUAUUUAGUUGGUGUAAUAAAAAUGCUUUAGAAACCCCUUGCUUAAUUGUAAAAUGAAAUCACUACAGGCAACUGAAAACCAACUCAAAUUUAAUCAAAAAAAUAACAACAAAAAUCGGUAGAAAUUACUAUAAAACCACAUGUCAAUCAAGCUUGCUUAAACAUAAAAAUAAUAAAGAAAAACAAGCAAAUCAAAUCAAUGUCAAAAAAGUUUUGCUAACAGUCUUAUAUUAAAACAAAAAAUUAAUAUAAAAUCUUAAAAAUAUAUUUUGUCAUUUAAAACUAAAAAACGGCUUUAAAUGUUGUUUGGUUUCCUCUAAAUGCGAGAAAAAGGAAUAACAUUACUUUACUUUACGUCAUUGCGUUACAUUACGUUGUGCAAUAAUUGGUAAUACGGCUUGACUAAUUGUAAACACAAACAAAACACUACUCAAUGUGGCUUCGUUUCUCCUCAGACUUACUUUCACACACACAAACACAAGUAAACAAAAACACUGAGCACAGAGAACAAAAACAAAAGAGGGAGAGAUAAUAAAAUUGAUCUCUCAAUACUCAAUACCCAUAUAACGGAAAAGAGAAGAGAAUAUAAAUAACAACAUUGCCUCACAAUAACAAACAAGCAAGAGAGCAUUGUGUAAAGCAUUUGAGAGAACAACAGUUACUCUCCUAAGAAAUUCAUUUUUUGUAAUCAAAAACAAAAAAAUUAAAGAGAGCCCACAACCUAGACCAAACUAAACCAAAUCAAAGUAAUAACAAGUACAACCAACCAACUUUCAAACUAAAUCCUAAUAAUCAACUUUUAACACCAAUUGCUACGCAAGCAAGCAACCAACAAAACAAAAAAGAAAAAAAAACACCAAUCCCAAUAAGAAUGUCUAAUUGUCUCAAUUAUUUGUAAAGGAAGAGAGCAGAGAAGCAGUUUUCCCAGCUUAAAUAUAAAGCGCGCAAACAACUAGCCCAAAUGCAGCAACAAUGGAUUUGAAAAAAAUACUAAAACCACGCAUGGAUGACUAUGAAUAUGAACGAAAAGUGCGAAGAGAACGUGAAAAAUCGGAAAGGCAGCAAGUACAAGCAUCAUCAUCGUCAAAUCGCGAGGUAGCAUUAUUCUCUGAGCCUCGUCGCGUAAAUCCAUCCGAGGAUGAUGAUGACAUUGCUGCCAAAUUGGGUGACUACUCCAAAGUCAAAGAUUUUAUUAAUCUUUAUACGGUGGGCAUUUCGAAUUCAGGACACCGGCAAAUGCCCCCUAAUGCCGUACUGCCUGGCAUUGUGCCCACAAGUCCAGCAUCGUCGUCGCUAAUAUCGCCAAUGUCGUCCUCCUCAUCGUCAUCAUCGCGUUUGCAGCCUCCACCUCCGCCACAAUCACAACAACCACCGCCGUCACAUCACUAUCAACAACAUCAACAGCAAUUAAGACAAGCGCCUUAUGUCAAACAGGCUGAUAAUAAACCACCUUACAAUGGACGUGGUGGCUAUCCAGGGCAAUCGGUGAAUCGUUUAAGUAGUGGCAUGGCACCACCCAAAGGUCCACCAGGUUCCUUGUUGCCUCCUUCCUCAACACAUAUGCCAAAUGGACGUCAAACGUCAUCAUCAUCGUCUGCAAGUGAAAAAUCAUAUCUGGGACCGCCAUCGGCAUCAUCAUCAACGACGCACAAUGGCCGUUUCUCGCAACCUUCAAUACCAAAACAACGCCAAAAACCAGCAUUUCAUACUGAGGAAAAUGAUAUCAAAGAAAUUCUUAAUCAAGUAACAACAGCAUUUCGUCCUCCUAAAAUGCUGACUGGCAUCGAUGCCACACCGCACAAUACUCUAAUGGAAAACUAUAAUCUCAAUGAGCCGAAUAAGCACAAAUAUAGCUUUGAUAUAUCGGAAAAAACGAAUAGUAUGAUUGAGCCAUUGGAUUCGUCGCCGCCACAUAACGAUAUGCCAGCACCGCGAUAUGUGCCUCCCCUAUCAGCAGCAGCAACACAGAUGCCUUCUACACAAUCUGCCUCCAAUAAUUUAUCAUCAUCGUCAUCCUCGUACUCUUCUUCCACAACCUCCAGCACCUAUAUAGCACCACCACCUGCCGCCAAUGCCUCUUCAGCCUCAGCCAUUAAUAAUAUGACAUCUACCUCCGCCUCCACUGGACUGUCGCUGACUUCUUCGUCAUAUUCGUCAAUGCAUAAUGCUGCCAUAACAUCAUCACCUACAGUGCCACUAUCACCUUUAAUGGGUCGAACUAAGGAUACUGGUUUCCUGAAGCCCUUCAAGUCUGAGAAGCCAACACCCCCACCUAUAGAAAAUCGUAAUAAUACAUUGGAGAAUGAUUUGGAGCUAUCAGAAUCCGAUGAUGAUCGUGUGAAGCUCUCCUCACACUCAGCUGUGAACUCUAGUGACAGUUCUCAAUCCGAUUCCAGUGAGUCUGGCAGUGAAUCUUCUAAAAGUGAAACAAAUCAGAGCAUUAUUCCCGCAGCGACCCAACAUCAUUUACAGCAACACCAGCAACAGAUGUCAAGUUCUUUGGCAUCGAAAAAGAAAAUUGGACCAGGUUGCACAGCCAGUAGCGGUAGUAGUUCCUCCGGAUUGGGUUCAUCGGCUCCGCCCUCCGGCGGUUCGUCUUCAUCGUCAUCGAACAAAACACCCUCACCAAAUACUACUAAAUGGCAGCUGAGUCGUUAUUUUAAUAAGGCACCUCAGCAUCAGACGCCUACGCAAGAUGUAGUAUCACCUUCGGCGGGUUCAGUGGCAAAUUCUGUAAAUCCCAUGAAUGUGGCUAAAAUCAUUACCCUAAAGGGUGGUGCUCAAAUUAUUCCCGAACAGUUAACAAACAUAAAGAACGAGUCUAUGCUCGACGAUGAUGAUGAGGACGACGAUGACAACGGAAAUGACAACGUCAACAAAGACAUAGACCGAUCAUCAAGAAGAUCAAGAAAUAAAAAGGAUGGUGGCAAAAAUGAGACAUUCCAGCAUCCGGACUUGGCUGGAGCAACUGCAGCUUUUCCUACAAGAAAAACGUCAAGUCUUUUGGUCACGCCAUUGUCGCCCAUAUUGACUGACAUCAAAAAAGAGUCAUCUACAUCGUUGGGCGGAACUUCCAGUCAACAGCAGGUGUCAGACUUUUUAAGUAUGAACUCAAAUCAAAUAAAACAUGAAACAAUGGUCAUAGCAGGAGGUCAUACUACCGUGACGCCAUAUGAUGUCUUGAAUCCCAUUAGUACUCUAUCAUCCGACAGCAACUCGAAUGAUGAGGGUUCCAGAGAGCGUUUGCCGGUGCGAGGACCAGGAGGUACACUGCAAAUACCCGGUGUUCCAGCGGCAAUUACGGCUUUACCGCGCUCGCCACCCAUAAUGCAAAAAGCCCAAAUGCCCAAUACAGUAACAAUGAUACCAUUGGGACCACUUUCCUCUGGCAGCAAUGGCAGAGGGACAGCACCCAUUGCACCCAUACCACCUACGCCGACAAGGGCGAAAAAACCUCGCAAAAAACUGAAGCAGCAGCAAAAUGCUUUAUUGGCCCCUGAUACCAGCGAUGAAGAGUCUGACAAUGCAAACAAGCAGCGUUUGACAUCACCGCCAAGUGGAGCGGUAGCCAAAACCAUGACAACUCCCGGUGGUACAAAGAAGGGCCGUGGACGACCGCGUAAAACCGCUACACCAAGCAGUGGCAACUCGAGUACAACUGCGGCCACAGGCCCUCCUGUUGUUGUAGUAACUGCCACCAAGGGACCAACUUUAACCGCCAAAAAAGAUAUCAACAAAAAACCACCACCAACUGCGCCAACAACAACGCCCACCAGCAAGGAUUCGGCCACAGCAACAGCACGAAGAAGAAUGUCAAGACUAAGUUCCACAAAUUCAUUAGCUCUGCAAGAAGCCAUGGCAGUACCUCCAAUAACAACAACGCCAAUUAAGCAGCAACUGCCUACAACCUCACCAGUUGCAUUGAAAGCUACGCCGCCUCCACCGGUUAUUGUAAAGACACAGAUUAAAGAGACUGCAUUAAAGACUUCCACUAGUGACGAUUCCAGUUCAUCUUCGGACUCCUCGUCAUUUUCAAACUCAAAAUCUUCGUGUUCAUCUUCCGAUUCAGAAAUAGAAGAACCAAGCAAAAAGCCCACGCAAUCAGAUGCUUAUCCCUCUUUGACUUCGGACGACGACGACGAUGAGAAUACGGCCACAAAGGCUUUGCAAAAGCCCGGAGAUUUAACAUCCACCAAAGCGGUGACGGCAGCAGUGCCAUCUUCUGCACACCCAAAACGGAUUGUUAAGAAGCUCAAUACACGUAAAUCAUCUCUGGAAGACUUAUCAACUGCAUCUUCUACGAAGCUCAAUAAUAUAUGUUUGUCCUCACCAUCCUCGUCUUCAUCGGAAUCGUCGGCAGAAGAUUUCCUACCACCUGCAAUUUUUGCAAACCAACAAACGGCAGCAGGUACUACGGCGGCAACCCAGUCGAUAGGAGCUGCAGCAGUAGCUAGUAACGGUGCCGCCGGUACGGGCAGUGGAGGCUCCUCGCAACGUUCUGUGAACCAACAAUCACCUUAUAAAGUUUCAAGUGCUUUGUCCAACCGCAGCCGUAAACAAACACCAUGUUCUAGUGCCUUUUCUUCUGAGUCCAGCGCAGAGGAUAAUUCCGACUCGGACUUAGGGGUGGCUAGGAAGGAAAAGAAACUCAAACGUGAUAAACCCAAAAGUGAUAAAAAUAAGAUCAGCACCCUGACCCGAAUCUUUAAAACUUCCAAUGAAGGCGGAGCUAAAAAGCAGGGUCAAGUCCUUAUUGUAGACCAAUCGGAAGAACAGCAGCAACAACAGCAAAUUCAGAAACACAUUUCUCCCGCCCUAAGAGGCUCACAGGAAAAUCUAGCGGCAGCAGCAGGUCACACGCCCACAGCACAAUCACCUCGUCUCACACCGGGCGGCCAAUUGAGAUCGCCCAGAUCUUUGCCACCAUUGGCUACUCAGGUUUUAACUGCAGGCUGUUUAAUGGGUACGGCGUCGCAUCGAACGCCCGACCGUGUUCCUUUCGAUCGUGUGACCACAAGUGCUGAACGAAAACUACAACAGCGUAUAAAGACACCAACGCGGACGCCAACACGAACUCCGCCCACCACAAGGACGCCCACACCUACACCUCCUAUAGGAGCCGCCGCGGUUAAUGCGUCAUCUAUUACAACUAAUCCCACGCCUUCGGCCUCUCCAGCAACAGCGGCAGCGGGUACAGCAGGAAUAGUACCGCCUCCAUCAUCAUCACGUUUGCCAACUUCGCUUAUAUGCAAAAUUGAUCUCUCUCGUUUGUUACCUAUACCCGCAGAAUGGCAUUCAAAUACUUAUCGUUUAUACGGUCGUGAUGCGGCAACAAAUAGCCAACCCUAUUUAACACCCGCUAGCGCUGGACGCACUCCCAUUUAUGAUCACGAGACUAUACUCAAUGCGGAUAUGCAUUCGUGCAACACGCAAAUGCGUUUGAAGUCAGGCGGCAGCGGGAGUGUUACACCUCGUAGCACUGGCAAUCGUACUCCAUUGCAGGCCGGAGCCUCAAUUACAGCCGAAAGAGAACUUUCCCAUUCUCGAGAAAGUUUGCAUGACAUUGCCAAAGAUAUGGGCGUUAUUAAUCCCGGUCGUUUGAGCAGUCGUUCAACAGAUGGCAGUAUAUGUGGCGGUGGUUCAACACCCAAGGACCUUGGUUCCCAUCUACUACCUCCUGGUCCACCCAAUGGUUACAGUUCAGUGACUGCAAUAGCUAGGGGCUAUGCUUCGCCUAGUAACUGUGGCGGCAAAUUGGGUCCGAUUGUUAAACACGAACAAAUCAUAAAACAUGAGCCCGAUGCCAUGGAUUAUUCGGAGACUAAAUUCAAAGCUGAUGCUGCAUCUACAGAUCCAGCGGUGAUCAAACAAGAACUCUUAAUGCUCAAACAGGACUUCAAACCCAGUGAUUUGGACAAAAUGUCCGAAAAAUCUUCGACAAUUUGUUCACCAAAUACUACUGACACAAUGCAGCAGUUACUCGAGGCUAAACCAAAACGUAAGCGUAGUUCAAGUUCGAGUUCAAGUCCUUACAAGGAAAAGAAGCGAAAAAAGGAAAAGGAGAGGGAUAGGGACAAGGAUAAAGAAAAGGAGAAAGACAACAAAGACAAGGAUGCGAAUGCGAAUGCGGCUGUCACAAAUAUGUUUGGCAGUGUUGGUGCUGGCGUAAAUGAAAAGGAUAAAAAGUUAAUGACAAAUGACGCUGGCGAUGUGUUAGAAAAAGCAAAAGAUGUGAUGAUAGAUUCCCUAAAACCCGCAACAAAAGAUACUCUGGAUGCUGAGCGGAUAGAUAAUAGUACGCAAAUGCAGUUUCCACCCACUAACCAUGAGCGGUUAGAAUCGGAAAAAUCACAUCCGCAACUACAAGUAGAAAAGCCAGAGCAACAGUCCGAUAAAUCGUAUGGCAACAACAUUGAUAAGAGCAGUAUGGAUCAUAAUGCUCUCCCCGAGAACACCAGUACUACUGUUACAAACACUGCCAGUCCCGCGCAUUUACAGAUUAGCAAUUUAACAACAAUGGCCACGUCGUCAUUAACUACUACAUCAAUUAUGCCACCGCCAGCCAAUGUUGGAUUAAACACAACACACCCAACCGCAGAACCGGCUGUGUCAGGAACUUCUAAUGCAAAAGCAAUGUCGGCAUCAGAUUCCAAUACUACUACCCCAACAAUGGUAUCAUCAACAACACCUGAUGGCAACAUUGAUCCACCAAGCACAGCAACAACACCCAAAGUCAUAUACCGUUCGUAUUUCGAGCGGGACGAGGAAGCACUACACGAUGAAUUCAGCAUAACCAAGGAAGGCACAUUCCUGCAGGAGGCUAUACAAAGAAAACAUGCUGCCGAUCGCGAACAAAACAUCCUCAAUCAGGUGGCAUUAUAUUUAGAGGCUGUUGUCUAUUUUCUGUUGUCCGGAGCUGCUAUGGAACAACAAAGUCGUACUGAAGAUCCAGCUUGGACUAUGUACAAGGACACCUUGGUUUUGAUUAAAUAUAUUACUACAAAAUUUCGCCAGUUGCAACAAGUGUCAUCUGCCGAUCAAACUAGUACCCUUAAUAAAUAUGCUGUAUUAAGUCUCCGCUGCCAAUCCUUAAUAUCCCUCAAGUUGUUUAAACUCAAAAGAAUUUCCUUUCGCCAAGUCAAUACAAUAUGCAUGGACUUCCUUAAAUCCGGUAAAGGUGAUAUUAUCAAUGGUAAUACUUCAUCAUCGAUGUCUCCUUCGAAUUCGGUAUGUUCACAGGGUUCUGGUUCGAAUACACCGCCUGGUAAAAUUGUGCCUCAAGAUAUACACUCAGCUUUACAACAGCAAAAUCAAUAUUUCCAUUACCUAGCCAAUAGUCACGAGCUAUGGGAGCAAGCCGAUCGUUUAGUAAAACAAAACAAUCUUACCGACUUCUUCAUUGCCUUGGAUCAUAAAAAUGGUCCACUGACCUUGCACAGCAGUGUCUAUGAAGUGUUUCGUUAUGUACAAGCUGGCCUAAAGAAACUCAAAGAUAAUGCUUACACAAUAAUAACGACAACAACAACAACUAGAACGGCAAACUACGUUAAAUCACAACAACAACUACAACACAAUUUACUUUAUAAUACACAAAUCUUUUGCGUUGCUGUCAAAACAAAUAGCUAGCAAAGAAGAAACUAAGAACAUCAAAAAUUUCAAUUCAAAAGAAAACUUGAUUACAUCACUCCAACAACAAUCAUCAAGAGUUUUAAUUUAAUUCGUAGGUUUCCAUAUUUUCCCCUUAUUUAUAAUAACAAAAAGGAUAAAAGAAAGAGAAUUUUGAAACUAGAGAAAAAAAGUUAGUAGCUUAUGAUUGGUUUUAUGUACUAAGCUAAUGUAACUAAAACAAUUAUUAUAUAUUUAAGAGAAGUAGAAGAAGAAUAAGGAAAUGAAGAUCACAACAAAUGAUCAAAUGUGAGAAAGGUAAUAUGAUUUUUAAUUUUUUAAUUUUGAUUAUUAUAAAAAUAGUAAAACAAGAAACUCUAAAGAAAUAUAAUACUUUUAAGCAAUAAACAAUUACAAUUAAAGUUUAUUUUUUGUUAAAUAUGUAAUAUUAUUAUUAUUAUUAUUAUCAAUUGUAUUUUGUUUAUUUAAAAAACCACCACACAUAACAUAAGUCAUUAUUGUUAAUAUUAAAACAAAACAUAACAAAAAAUGGGAAGAAAGCUAACAACAUCUGGAGAUUAGUAAUUAAAAAAAAAAAACACAUAUAUUAACAAAGUAAAAAUCAUAAAACGAAACAUUACGAUUAACAACAAAACCAAUGCAAAUGUAAAUUUUUGUAACAAAUUAGAAAAGCAAACAAACGAAAGAAACAAAACUUAAAAGCAACAACCAAUUAGCAUGUAAUUUAAUAUAAAUAAAACAAACAGAAGUAGUAUCACUUAUAUACCCAGAAACCAACAAACAAAACAACACACACACACACAAAUAUGAAAACAAACAAAAGCUAAAAUUUACAAAACUUUAGUAAUUUGUUUUUGUUUUUUUUUUUAAGAUUAUAAAACAGAAUAAAUGAAACAAGCCCUCAUUAAAUAUUAUUAUAAUUAUAAAGAAUGCUAUAAUUUUAAAGACAUUUUUGAAUGUAUGUUACCCUUUAAUUUUUUUGCUCUUUCAAUUAUUAAAUAAUUCUUAUUAUUAUUAUUUUAGUUAAAAUAAUUACUAAAACAAUUUUGUUUACAUUUUGUGUCUAAUAAAUAAAAAAAGUCAUAAUUAUUUUUAUUAUUAUUAUUGUAUUUAAUUAUAAAUAAAAUAAUAAAUUCAAAUGUUUUAUAAAUAUGCUCAAAUUAUUAAAAAUUAAAUUUUUUUUAGUUUAAUAGUCUAAACAAAAUCGCAUGCUAUUUUCCCGGUUCAAUAACUGAAUGUUUUUCUUGUUUUUUUUUAAUACAUAAAAAAUAGGUCCUAUUGUGUGUGUGCAUUAAACAAUUUUUUGGAGAAAAAAAUAGGGAUUUUAAAACAAAAAUUGCUUAAUGUUAAUUUUCUGUUAUCGAAUAGUUAUUUUACUAAAGAUAUUUUUUUGCUAUCAAAUUUUGAUAAAUUACUACCGCCCUCUCUCUUAUGAAGAUAAUUUGAAGCAAUAAAACAUAAUUGUUCCAAAACUAUUCUAGCCGUUUUCAAAGCAAAUGUUUUGUAAGUCUUUGGAGGAUAUGUUCUGUGACUGUGGGACAAAUAUUCGAUUAGAGGUGUGGCCCAGAGAAAUACAUUAUCAUAUAAAAUACUCACAUCGAAAACAACUUCAAACAGCGUAAAUUAUUGGCACGGAUUUUUUUCGGAAUUUCUUAUUUAGCAAAUUUUGAACAUCUAAGUUUGAAUUUCAAUAGCUUUAUCCCGAGCUCAUUUUUCAAUAUUUGCCGAAUGGAAUAUGUUCAGCUCACGAGCCAUUUGUCGGCCACUGCAACGCGGAUUUCGAUCAAGUCGCUUCUUUACAAAAAGAGGUAUUUUUAGGCAUAGCUCGCUAAUGUUUAAGUCGGUCUUUGUAGUCGCUUUAACAAAUCUUAAUAGAAUGCCAAAAAUUCUUGUAGGAAAUUUGGAUGAAGUUAAUAUAGAUUGCCUGAAGAGACUUUUGGAUGUGCUAUAUAGAGGAGACUUGCUAAAAGUUUAAAGUUCCGCCAGCGCGGAUAAAAGGGAGCCCUUUUCGGGGAAAAAGGGAGUAUGGAAAAAUAAAAUGAAAUCUUUACGAAAGUUAUUAAAAAUGUCUUGAAGGAUGUCUUUUUGGACCAACUAAAGGAAAUCUUUUAAUACGAGCCGAAGGAUGUUUUUAUGGCGCGCCAGAGGGAGUCUUUAUAGAUGGACGAGAGGGUGUCUUUUUGGCCUAAGUAAAAAAAGGAAUUUUACUGAAUGGUGUCUUUAUAAACGCAAUAAACGGAGCUUUAAGAGACUUACUACAGGAAGUCUUUUUGAAGGGACUAAGUAACCUUUUGGAUAGAUAGGAAAUAUAUAGAAAAUCUUUCUGAACGGACUAAAGGAAGGUUAAGCGAAUGUCUUCGUAGACGGGUUAAAUGUAGACUUUGUGGGCAUCCUACCUAAAAGGGGGUAUUUUAUAGAUGAUAAAUUUAUUGAAGCUGAAUGGUUCAAUAAAUUUUUGGACGGACUAAAGAGUGUCGUUUUAGAUGGAAUAAAGGAAAUCUUUCCGGACGGACUAAAGGAAGGCCAAGCGAGUGUCUUUGUAGACGUGCUAAACGUAGGCUUUGUGGUUGUUUCACCCAAUGGGGGUAUUUUAUAGAUGAUCCAAUAAAAAUCUUUAUCGUUGACUUGGAGUAGAUCUUUAUGGACGAGGUAAAUAGUCUUAUGUCGACCUUGCGGAAUUGUUUUAAAACGAGUUCUGAACGAUGACAUCCUUCAGCCUAUUUAGACAAACUUAAAGCAGGCUUUAAGAAAAGAAUUUUUGCAAAAGAGUGAAUAUAAGAAAUUUUCUUCUUCGAGCAUAAGCUUUUUUUCUCCCCGUUCAUUUUUUACAGGGGCAAAAUUGUCGCAUUCGAUAUUGAACAAAUCUCGGUCGAAAUGUAUGUACGCGGAUUUUAAGAUAUUUUUGAAUAUUCAGAGAACUCCCCCUUAUUGCAGAGAGACAGACUGGCGUUCCUCAGGAUAAUUGAUGCAAAUGAAAAUUUUGAUAGUUGGUCAUUUCUACAUAAGAUAUUUGGUAAUUUCUGCAGAAAUUUCACUCACUUCGAUCGAAAUGUUUUUAAGUGUCGGCUGCGAGAAUUUGGCCCCUGAAUAAAGCUUGAUUAAAUUAAAAAUUUCAUUGAAAUCGACAGAAUAUUAAAUGUUACAAUUCAACUCCAGGGUUUACAGGGUGAGACAAAAAACCUGCAACAAAGUCAAACGCCAUAAUUUUUACUUUUUUUUAAUUUUUAUUGAAUGAAAGCAACAAAUGUCGGAAUUAGCAUAACAUUUUAGAAUAAGUUUAGAUUUGUUAUAAUUGGUCUCCUUUUGGCACGAAUUAUAGCCCUCAAACGACCAAUAAAACCGUCACACGCUGCCCGAAUGUUAUUCUGCGGUAUUUUGGCUUAUUCGUGCCAUUUUUCGGCCACUGCGACGCGGUUUUCGAUCAAGUCGCUUCCUUACGUCAGGCUACGCUACCAGAUUUAUUCACAUUUAAAAGCUGGAGUACCCGAACGAUAGCCACUUGUGGUUUUCCAGCCAAAUAUAAAGAAAUCACACUAUCACGCUUGAAUUCCACCUAAAUGCUUUUGUACGCUUGUAAACAAUAUCAUGAGCUGUCACUGGAAUAAUUUUAAAAGUUGUCGGACGAGUGGCUUAGAAAUGACAGCAGUCUGAAGUUGGUUGCAAUUUUUUCAUCUCACCCUGUAUUUUAUCAAUCUGUUACUUAUCGUCAUUCGCAAAAUGCUCAUACAGAAAUUAAUUUUCUUUAGAAAUUUGUUCAAUGUCGAUUGCGGGAAUUUGGUGCCAGAUAAAGUUGUUGGGUGUGAGAAAUUUCACUCAUAUGAACAUUUAAUAUUGCGCGAAUGAAAACGUCUUGGUUUUUGAAAAUCCUAAAUUAUGUGUCAGAAUUGUUGUAGAUUUUCAUUGUUUUCUGGCCUUUAGGAAUAAAGGAAUAAAUAAUGCUACCAAAUGAAAUAGGAGGCCCUAAAUUCUAGAGUCUUUGCAAUACACAAAAUAAUGUGUCGGAUUCCUUACAUAAGGAUCUUUUUUGAAGCUACGAACAAACAUAAAUCCAUGCACACACACAUCAAGCUAUUUUAUCAUAUUCGUUGUUUUUCCUCCUACAUUUUAGUAUGAUAUUCAAUUUGUUUUGAUUUGAAUGCUGUAGAUUUUUUUAUAUUACAAUUAAACAAAAGUCAAUAUAAUUUUAUUUAGUUAAUUCUAUUUUUUAAAUAAGUGCAUAAAAACUAAAUUUUUUAGAGAAUUCCCUUUUAAAACAUAAGGAGUACAUUUUAAGUCCAUAAAAACUUCUAAGAUAAAUUUGCUAUAUUUUUUCUAUAAUAUUAAUAUUGUAAUUAAAAUGACUAUGAUGAUUUUGUUAGUCAAUCAAUCUUAAAUUAUUAUUAUUAAAACUGUCGUUUUUUUUGUUUUUCUAACCAAACAGAAAAUCUAUUUUACUGUUAAAUAUGUCUGCCUAUCUACCAUUAUUAUUAUUAUUAUAAUUUCUUUCCUUCAUAUGGCAAUCUAUUAAUACAGUUAUUAAGUAAAUAUUGCAAAUAUAUUUAAUUUAAUUUUAUUUUGUAAAGCAAAACAAACCAACAAAUGGUGGAUAUUUGGAUUUGUAUACUCUCUUGAUUCUUAUUAUCAUUAUUAUUAUUAUUUUUUAAAUUGUUAAAAUAUCUAUUUUGAAUUAUGUCAUAAAUAAAUCAUUAUGAUAACAUAACAAAAAA